AUGGGACUAUGUAAUUCUAAACAAUCUGCCAGAAGACCAUCUAAACCUCCCUUUAAUUCCGCGGAUUCAAAGGAUUCCCAAUCAUCAAAGAGGAGAAUGUUAAAUAAAGAUGGUAGAAGUAAUACUUAUAAUAGUCAACUUUCUUCUAUUAAUUCAAGGAACAGUCAUAAAAUUAGUAAUAAUAACGGCAAUAAUAAAAAUAACACAAAUAUCAACAAUAAUAAUAUCAACGACAACAAUAACAAUAAAAAUGAUGAUAAAAUAAAUUCGAUAAUAUUUGAUAGUCCAAUAACUCCAAUAACGAAAGAUAAAAGUAUUCGAAGAAAUAGCAAGAAACAUAAGAAUAAUAAAGAUCAACCUAAUGAUUGUAAUUUUAAUGAUUUUGAAAAUAAAGAAGAACAUUAUGUAGAUAUAUAUGAAUUAGAACAUGUAUUAUUAGAAAAUAUUUGGAAUAGUUUGUUUUCAAGUCCAAUUGAAGAAGAUUUAUUAAUAGGGCAUUUGAAUUAUGUGUUAGAUGUUGCUUGUGGACCAGGUUAUUGGAUUUGUGACAUGGCUAUAAAAUUUCCUAAAUCUCAAUUUAUCGGAAUACAAGCAUUUCCCAUAAUGAAAAAACCACAGUUACCUUAUAACGCGAAUUUUGUAAGAAUUGAUAUAUUAAAUGGAAUAUUUUAUGGAAGUGAAUCAUUUAAUUUUGUUCAUUUGAGAAUCCUUUCACCGAAAUAUUCGGAAGUUGAAUGGAAGUUCAUUAUUGAUCAUAUGAUUCGAGUCACCAAACCCGGAGGAUAUUGUGAAAUUGAAGUGGGAGAUUAUAUCAGUUUUGAAAAUGAAGGUCCAUUACUAAAAGAAAUUAAUAUUAUUCAUCAAGAAUGUUUAAAAGUGAAUGGAGUAAAAAUAAGUAUAGCAUCAGAAUUAGAAAAUAUUAUGAAAAAUACAAAUAAAUUCUCAAAGUUAAAUAAGGAAUCUCGGAAAAUACCUAUGGGAAGAUCGACAGGAAAAUUUGGUGAAAUGGCAUCAAAUCAUUUUAUACAAACAUUAAAUUCUCAAGGGGAAAAUAUAUCAUCAUAUUUAGGUCAAACACUUAAAGAAUAUGAUGAUAAAAUGGUUAAAGUAAUAUCUGAAUUGGAUGAAUUUAAAUCUACUUGUUUUAAUUGUAUUAGAGUGUUCGGGAAAAAGAUUGAAAAAAACGAAUAA